AUGACUUUAGGAGAACUUCUCUUCCAGUUAAACCAAGAUGCUAGAGCACUAUGUCUCACAACGUCGCAGGUCUUGGCCUACACGGUCAAGUGUCAGCACCACCAGACGCUGGUCUUGGCCUACACGGUCAAGUGUCAGCACCACCAGACGCAGGUCUUGGCCUACACGGUCAAGUGUCAGCACCACCAGACGCAGGUCUUGGCCUACACGGUCAAGUGUCAGCACCACCAGACGCAGGUGGUUAAUGGUCCUCUUAUUGUUGGUGGUUACCUGGUUAAUGGUCCUCUUAUUGUUGGUGGUUACCUGGUUAAUGGUCCUCUUAUUGUUGGUGGUUACCUGGUUAAUGGUCCUCUUAUUGUGGUUAAUGGUCCUCUUAUUGUAGGUGGUUACCUGGUUAAUGGUCCUCUUAUUGUGGUUAAUGGUCCUCUUAUUGUUGGUGGUUACCUGGUUAAUGGUCCUCUUAUUUCAGCGAACGUCGGAGAGCGGUCAGGGGACGCCGGGGAGCGGUCAGGGGACGCCGGGGAGCGGUCAGGGGACGGCGCCGGGGAGCGGUCAGGGGACGGCGCCGGGGAGCGGUCAGGGGACGGCGCCGGGGAGCGGUCAGGGGACGGCGCCGGGGAGCGGUCAGGGGACGGCGCCGGGGAGCGGUCAGGGGACGGCGCCGGGGAGCGGUCAGGGGACGCCGGGGAGCGGUCAGGGGACGCCGGGGAGCGGUCAGGGGACGCCGGGGAGCGGUCAGGGGACGCCGGGGAGCGGCUCUGGACACCGGAGGAGGCUCUGGGACCCGGAGGAGGCUCUGGGCCCCGGAGGAGGCUCUGGGCCCCGGAGGAGGCUCUGGGCCCCGGAGGAGGCUCUGGGACCCGGUGGAGGCUCUGGGCCCCGGAGGAGGCUCUGGGCCCCGGAGGAGGCUCUGGGCCCCGGAGGAGGCUUCAGCCACUGACAUGGUGGAUCUCCUCUCCCAUAACAGGAUUUGAAUACUGCAUUCAGCCGUCCCCAUGGUACUUAUCCCUUAGUGUACCAGGUGCUCACCAGGACCCUCUUAGUGCAGCUGGUGUUCACCAGGACCCUCUUAGUGUACCAGGUGCUCACCAGGACCCUCUUAGUGCAGCUGGUGUUCACCAGGACCCUCUUAGUGUACCAGGUGCUCACCAGGACCCUCUUAGUGCAGCUGGUGUUCACCAGGACCCUCUUAGUGUACCAGGUGCUCACCAGGACCCUCUUAGUGCAGCUGGUGUUCACCAGGACCCUCUUAGUGUACCAGGUGCUCACCAGGACCCUCUUAGUGCAGCUGGUGUUCACCAGGACCCUCUUAGUGUACCAGGUGCUCACCAGCACCCUCUUAGUGCAGCUGGUGUUCACCAGGACCCUCUUAGUGCAGCUGGUGCUCACCAGGACCCUCUUAGUGCAGCUGGUGCUCACCAGGACCCUCUUAGUGUACCAGGUGUUCACCAGGACCCUCUUAGUGCAGCUGGUGUUCACCAGGACCCUCUUAGUGCAGCUGGUGUUCACCAGGACCCUCUUAGUGCAGCUGGUGUUCACCAGGACCCUCUUAGUGCAGCUGGUGCUCACCAGGACUCUCUUAGUGCAGCUGGUGUUCACCAGGACCCUCUUAGUGCAGCUGGUGUUCACCAGGACCCUCUUAGUGCAGCUGGUGUUCACCAGGACCCUCUUAGUGCAGCUGGUGCUCACCAGGACCCUCUUAGUGCAGCUGGUGCUCACCAGGACCCUCUUAGUGCAGCUGGUGUUCACCAGGACCCUCUUAGUGCAGCUGGUGUUCACCAGGACCCUCUUAGUGCAGCUGGUGUUCACCAGGACCCUCUUAGUGCAGCUGGUGUUCACCAGGACCCUCUUAGUGCAGCUGGUGCUCACCAGGACCCUCUUAGUGCAGCUGGUGUUCACCAGGACCUUCUUAGUGCAGCUGGUGCUCACCAGGACCCUCUUAGUGCAGCUGGUGUUCACCAGAACCCUCUUAGUGCAGCUGGUGUUCACCAGAACCCUCUUAGUGCAGCUGGUGCUCACCAGGACCCUCUUAGUGCAGCUGGUGCUCACCAGGACCCUCUUAGUGCAGCUGGUGCUCACCAGGACCCUCUUAGUGCAGCUGGUGUUCACCAGGACCCUCUUAGUGCAGCUGGUGUUCACCAGGACCCUCUUAGUGCAGCUGGUGUUCACCAGGACCCUCUUAGUGCAGCUGGUGUUCACCAGGACCCUCUUAGUGCAGCUGGUGCUCACCAGGACUCUCUUAGUGCAGCUGGUGUUCACCAGGACCCUCUUAGUGCAGCUGGUGUUCACCAGGACCCUCUUAGUGCAGCUGGUGUUCACCAGGACCCUCUUAGUGCAGCUGGUGCUCACCAGGACCCUCUUAGUGCAGCUGGUGCUCACCAGGACCCUCUUAGUGCAGCUGGUGUUCACCAGGACCCUCUUAGUGCAGCUGGUGCUCACCAGGACCCUCUUAGUGCAGCUGGUGUUCACCAGGACCCUCUUAGUGCAGCUGAGUGGCUCCCAUGA